AUGGAUCAAAAUCUAGACGACCCAAAGUCUGAUCCCAUGGCCCCUCUUAACAGCAUGCUGAAUUUUGCUAUUUCCACGGACAGCACUGCCAUCCCAAGUAUUUCAGAAUGUGCGGUACACCUCCUCCUCCUCGAAUCGUUCACGAUUUUGAGACGAGACGUUCAGCAAUGGGGCAAGUCGGUGAGCAUCAAAGCCGAAGUGGCAUGGGACAUAUUUCUCCAUUUGGCCGUGCAAAGGUUUCUGAAGUGGUCGCAAACACGGCGUCUCUUGGAGGGCACCACUCCGCCUUUGGACGUCUUGAUGGUCUGGCAUGCGUACAUGUUGAACCCUGGGGCAUACCUUGACUACGAAGAAGGCAUACUCCAUGGCCAAUUUGGGGGUAAAGGCAUCGCCUGGGCCUCAUUGCGCGAUUGCAUAGACAUGAACACCGCAGCCUUUACCCUCCCGCCAGCAGACGAAGCCAUUACUGUCAGCAUGUCUCUUGACCCGGACCUCCUUGGUGCUCUGAAGCUGGGCACGGUUAGCCCUCUUGUUCAAAAGGAGGUUGAAGUCGCGUGCAGUGUUCAAAUCGAUCUUUGUGCGGCAGUCGGACGCCAAUUCGAUUUCAGCGAAAAAAUGUACUCGUUGAACUGGCUUCGGUGCCCGUUUGCCAGGCAAACACUGGAGAGAUGUGCCCUUGAAUACCAGCACUUCUUCAAGCUCGUUGCCGACAAUACCGAGCGAGACGUGAUGCCCACGCUGCAUGUCGACCUUGUCUGGCAUACGCACCAGCUUUCACCAGCAUCAUACCGCGCGUACUGCGACAAGGUGGCAGGGACUUUUAUCAAUCACGAUGAUACACCGAGUCCAGACGACCUGGCGGUGGCAGUCAGCAGCAGCCGAUUGGAGCCCCAAUAUACUACGUGUUGCUGCUGGUUUUGCGAGGCAGGACGGGUGAGCCACCCGGGCGAGAGACGAUUCGGUUGCCCGUCGGGGAUGGAAUCGAUGAUAUUUCAAGCCGUGGAGAGGGAGAAUCACCGGCGAGAAAGUCACGCACUUCCAACAAUGAGCUGGGUAGAGACGAACCACGCCAUGAUAACAUUGAGGCAGAUGAAUCAAGAGCGAAAAGGCCAAACUUGGGCCUGCGUGUCCGGGCUUUAG